GAGAAAUACUAAUAAAACACAAAUCACAGGUGCACUAAAGAGUGAAAAGAAAUAUAUUUCAUAAACAAGUAGAAAUGAAAUUCUGUGCCAGUGGUACGUAAAAUGAAAGUUUAAAAGUAAAAAGUCUCGUCCAGUCUGUAGUGGUUUUGGUAACUCGUUCGUCUACAAGCAGCAUCCGAGGAUUCAUACGUCCACGCAACAGCAGCUUUCUUGUUUCCCAUCGGUACACGAUGGCACUUCGUAAAAAAUCCCUUUCGGUAUUGCAUCGCCACGUAAAAAAUCGGUAUGACUUCGUAAACGAAAAACAAAAUCGGUUCGUACGUCUGUGCUCGUGCUCGUAGUUUCGUACCAUCGUCGGUAGGUUUUUUAUCGCCAGUUGCUGGCGACGACAGUGUACAUACCAUCACGGUAUGUAGACAGUCGUGCGUUUUUUGCCGCGCCCAUGUGUUGCUGGGGCUGUCGACAGAUCGAGGCCUCGAGUAGUAGUGAGCAUGCACCCACGGUGUACUACUCGUUGACCUGGACUCGAUCUGUGCGAGCACCCGCUUAG